AUGACCACAAAUUUAAUUCUUGAAAAAAGUAUAAUCCUUCCGGGAGCUAUUAUAGCUGAUUCCUAUGCAUCUGCUACAUUUCUUUUUUACGCUUGUAAAGGAACUUAUGGAAAUGAUAAUGAAUAUUUUGGGAAAGACUAUUUAAAUCAUUGGAAUGGAAUUUUUCAAAAUACACCAACAGAUGAUACAUAUCAACGAUCUCUUUUAGAACAGAUUGGAAGUUAUAGCAGUGCUUUGUUGGAGGUCCUGUUUGCAUAUGAAGGGUGGAAUAAUUUAAAUUACUCAACUGAGGAAUUCAAAUCUCCAGCGAAAUUGAAAUAUUCUACUCUAUCUAGUGUGAUUAUUUCUUUUAUACUUUAUUUUUUAACUAAUGUCGCGUUUAUAACGGUAGUCAAUCCUAAGGAUGCUAUUAACUCUAAUGACCCUAUGGCUAUAAAUUUUGGGCGCAUUCUGCUUGGUGAACCAGGAAGAAUACUUAUUUCAAUUCUUAUUUCAAUUUCUGCUCUCGGAUGUGUGGGGUCAUUGGUUUUUAUGGGAUCUCGAGUUAUAACUUAUGCAGCCCAAACUGGUUUUAUGCCAUACUCUCAUAAAUUAUAUAUUUGGCAUCCAACAUUCGACACUCCGCUUAAUGCUUUAAGUUUGCAGUUUGUUUAUUGCGCAAUUUUAAUCCUUCUCUUUCCAGCUGGCUCAACAGAUUCAAACCUAUCUAAGAACAAUCUAGAAGAUAUUUGUCGGAACCUUGGUCUUCCAACCGAAGGGGUAAAGGCAGACCUAGUACAAAGAUUGAAAAUACAUUCAGCAAGGGUGUUAGCAAGCCCAGUUUUAUUAGAUUCAACAAAUGACAUAAUGGUUGAAGGAGAUUAUGUUGAUGAUGAUGAAAACACACACAUGACUAGAGAAAAAAAUUAUGAAACCGAUCUAGAAUUGGACGAAGAAAGUACCCCGAUCCAAACUUUAAGGGAACGUGCCUUAAAAACCAGAUAUAACAACAUAGCAAAAUCCUCAGUGGCUCAUCAGAGCACCACGGAACUAAACUCUAUGUAA